AUGCCGGAGGAAACACUCUGCAAAGUGGCAAAUCUGAGUGAGACUGUCAUAGCGUGUGGCGUGGGGGUGACACUUGGCACCGCCAGGGGUGAAAUGCAAGCUCUCCCUGCAAAUCCUUAUGGCAAGCCCAUGCUAGGGUUUGCUAGAACCCUGGGGUUUCACACGAGCCUGGAGGUUCUACGAGCGGUUUCUACGUUCACUCUGCAAUCUGACACUGUUCGAGGCAACAGACACGUGAAAGCGUAUGCCAGUGAACACAGGAAGGCGGCACAUAGACACAAUAUUAGAGUCUUGGAGAAACAAGGAAACCGCACGACUUGUACCAAAACUCAAGAUAAGCGGCAACAUCAGAUUAACUUUUACAAUGGAUUUCCACAGACAACAAAUCAAACACAGACAGAUUCAUUAUCUCCAUCCCCCAAUCCUGUAUCGCCUGUGCCUUUGAAUAACCAAACAAGUGCCCCGAGAUACGGAACCGUGAUCCCUAACCGCAUCUUCGUAGGAGGAAUUGACUUUAAGACAAAUGAAAAUGAUUUAAGAAAAUUUUUUUCCCAGUAUGGGUCUGUAAAAGAAGUGAAGAUUGUUAAUGACAGAGCCGGAGUAUCCAAAGGGUAUGGUUUCAUCACUUUUGAGACUCAAGAAGAUGCACAAAAAAUCUUACAAGAGGCUGAAAAACUUAAUUACAAAGAUAAGAAACUGAACAUUGGUCCAGCUAUAAGAAAACAACAAAUAGGGAUUCCUCGUUCCAGUAUAAUGCCUGCUGCUGGAACAAUGUACCUGACCACGUCGACUGGAUACCCUUACACUUACCACAACGGCGUGGCUUACUUCCAUACUCCAGAGGUCACUUCUGUCCCGCCGUCUUGGCCUUCGCGGUCCAUAUCUAGUUCUCCCGUGAUGGUAGCUCAGCCGGUUUAUCAGCAACCUGCAUAUCACUACCAGGCCCCAGCACAGUGUUUACCAGGGCAGUGGCAGUGGGGGGUUCCCCAGUCCCCUGCCUCUUCUGCUCCGUUCUUAUACCUGCAGCCAUCCGAGGUUAUUUAUCAGCCGGUAGAAAUCGCACAAGAUGGUGGCUGUGUCCCUCCUGCACUGUCCCUGAUGGAAGCUUCCGUCCCAGAGCCAUACUCUGACCAUGGAGUCCAAGCAGCAUACCACCAGGUCUAUGCUCCCGGCGCCGUUAUGCCUGCACCUGUGAUGCAGCCUGAGCCAAUUAAAACAGUGUGGAGCAUUCAUUAUUAAGACAAUUUGGGCAGCUCUAGUCCAGCUCAACUGAUUUCUUGUCCAUUGAUCCUUGUGUGACCAAGAUCCAGCUUCAAGGAACCGGCUAGAAGCUGCCCGUUGUGAAACUUAGGGUUAGUUAAUAUCUCACCAUACUUAUUUAUUCCAUUAUAAGCUGUCUGAAUUUGAUGAAAUUUGCUUUUACUGCUGUUUUACAAUUUUUAAUUAGGUAGAUGUGGCAUUUGGCUUUUUAUGUUAGUUAAAUUGCAGUAACUUUCUACAUGUUUUAUCCAUUCCAUAAAUAAUAGCUAUCCCAACA